AUGAAGCUGUCGCUGUCGCUUCUUUUUGCGGGACUAUUGGCUGGCGUCGGUGCUUCCAACGUUCUUGAACUCACCCCGGACAAUUUUGACAGCGAAAUUGGCAAGGGGAAGCCUGGUUUGGUUGAAUUCUUUGCCCCUUGGUGUGGUCACUGCAAGGCAUAUGCCCCUAACCUCGCUCCUAUAUACGAGCAACUUGGAGAUGCCUUUGCGCACGCAAAGGGUAAAGUUACUGUCGCCAAAGUUGAUGCCGAUGGCGUCGGUAAACCUUUAGGACAAAAAUAUGGUGUCACCGGAUACCCCACUUUGAAGUGGUUUGACGAGAAAGGCAAUAGUGAGCCUUACGAAGGCGGCCGAGACCUUGAUGCACUUGCUUCUUUCAUCACUUCGAAGUCCGGUGUAAAAUCGAGUAUCAAGCCCCCACCGCCCCCCGAAACUUUGAUCCUUGAUGUUCACACCUUUGAUGAUAUUGCAUUGGACGAGACAAAAGACGUUCUUGUCACAUUUACCGCGCCAUGGUGCGGGCAUUGCAAGAACCUUAAACCAGUCUACGAACAAGUUGCGAUUGACUUCAAAUCAGAGAGCAAUUGUGUUGUUGCCAACAUUGACGCGGAUGCACAACAGAACAAGGAGAUUGCUGGUCGCUACGGAGUGUCAUCUUACCCUACCAUCAAGUUUUUCCCUCGUGGCGGAAAGGAGGUCGAGGCCUACGAAGGCCCUCGCACUGAACAGGCAUUCGUUGAUUUCCUCAACGAGCACUGCGGAACUCAUCGCGCCGUUGGUGGCAGUCUCAAUGACGAGGCUGGACGUAUUGCGGAACUUGACACCCUUGCCCAGAAGUUCCUGGGCGCUGCUGGUGACGCUCGUGACUAUAUUUAUAAAGAGGCCUUGACUCUCUCCGAGACGCUCGGCGAGACGGCAAAAUACUAUAUCCGUGUGAUGGAGAAAGUCGUAAACGACCAAGAAUCCUAUAUCGAGAAGGAGUCUAAGCGCCUCGCUUCUAUCCUCUCCAAGCGCACGAUGUCACCUGCCAAGCUCGAUGAGAUCAAAAUGAAGGCCAACGUUCUGAGUGCAUUCGUUGCCAAAAAGUUAGAGGAGGCACAGGAAAAAGUUGAGAGUGUUAUCGGCAGAGCCACGGCUGAGCUUUGA